AUGUCUGGAAUGAAAGAAGUCCUGAAAGAUGCUGUACUGUUGGUGUUGCCAAGCCUGUCUCCAGAUGUAACCAACCAGCUUGUUGAGAAGCUCAUGGACCAAGGUGUUGAAGGCUUGGAUGAUUUGGUUUAUGUUCUCCCCUCGGUUCCCCCCGAAACAAACACUACUCUUGGUUCACCUCCAUCAAGCUUCUCAAGGCCAACAUCAAGCAGUUUAGCAUCAGCCAGUGUCACACAUUCAUGGACUGAAAAUUUCCAAGUUCCCUGGAACUUAAUGCCAGACGGUAUAAAGAGUGCUGUUGAGAAUGGACAGAGACCUUCUCCUUCUGAUCGAAGACAAAUGAUUAGAAUCCUUGCUCAUGAAAUGAGAAAACAUGACAAAAACCCCACCAGAUCACAGUGUCUUACUGUUAGUCGCAAAAUAGUGAGUCAGUAUCCAAAGUCUUUUGCUGACAUGUUGGGUGACAAGCAGGUUGGGGGUGGAUAUGAAUCUGUUCUUUCACAGCUGAAAGUACGCAUCGAGCACCUGAAUCGAACAAAUACACUAAGUCAUCAUAGGAUCCAAAGAAGUGACUCCGGAACUACUAGAAAACGAAGUUCCACUGACUCGUAUGGUUGUACAAGAUGGCAGCCGGAUCUUCCACCUAGGGAAACUUAUGACAGUCUUGAAAUGAAAAGUCAGAAGAUGGAGGAGAUGCAUCUUCAUGAAGGAAUCUCUGGAGCAGAGAGAGGAGACGUUUGCAAGCUCAUGGAGGAAACCUAUUGGCUUCAGCGUCACAUGAUCAAUGCAACCCCAUCCCCUACAAUUGCAGAUAUCAAAAUUAAAUGGCCAUAUCUUUUCACACAGAGGCAUAUAUAUGGACAUUUUGAACAGCUUACUGACAAAAAAGUGCUCAGAUGUUUGGAAUUGUCUAUUCAGGAGUGUGGACAAAUCAUAAUUGAAUUUUUCAAAAGCAAACCAACCAAUGAUGACAUUCGAAGCAUUCUCUCCAGAGGUGAAAAUGAUGUGGAUGCCAUGGUCAUACAACUACUCCUUGCACACUUCAAAGAGAAGUUAGAUGGGGUUUUCCUUCAAGCAGAUGAAUUUGCAACUCCAUCUGAUGUCCAGCAUUCUCUUAAUUUGCCAGAGAGUCCACGCCUUAUAUUUCUUGCUCUGAGCAACCAACGCUGGAUGUUGAGUUUGGAGGGUCAAGUUGUGUGUGAAGGAGCACAGCCCAACUUCAUCACUGGACUGGCAGCGCUGUUUGCCUCCUUCUAUAACUUCAAUUUACAGUACCAGGAAGAGGCAGCAUGCACCCUUGAGUUUGUUCAGAAGUAA